GCCACAACCCUAAGCGACACACACACACACACACGCACACACACACACCCCCACGCACACACACAGCAGUAGCAGUAGAAGCAGGGAGCCAGCAGAGUCUGCCGACUAGCAGCCAUGACAGACGUGGACUCUCUAAACGAGGCCCUGAAGGCCAUCAGUGUGAGCACAGAGCUGAUCGAAGAGGAGCUGAAGCCUCAUCUGGAUACAGUCCUGACUGCUCUGCUGGAGAAGAAGAAGGAUGCGGCUGCUGAGAUAGUGAGAAGUGGGAUCCUUCCCACUCUGGCUCAGGCCUUACGGAGCAGGAGCAGCCUGAGCUGCAAGGUGGCUCUGCUGGUGGCAGAAAUGGCACGAGAAGCCGCAGUGAGAGAGCCAUGCAUCAAGGCGGGCCUGGUGAAGGCUCUGGUUCCUCAUCUGAACAGCAGCGACCAGGAAAUGCUGCUGAACACUGGCAGGGCCAUCGGGCGCAUCUGCUUCGACAACACACAUCAACAGGACCAGUUAGUCCAGAGUGGUGUAAUCCCCAGAUUAGUGUCCAUCAUGAAGGAGUACCCUGAUAAUGACCCGCUGGUCAACGUCUGCCUGCUGGCUCUCUGUAAUCUGGCUGAUAUGGACUGUGCACGGGAGGCCCUGGUGGAUCAGGAUGUGGCAAACACACUCAUUCUUCAGCUCAAACGGGCUCCUGAUGCUGAGCGGCGCCAUGUCAUCCUGGAAAUACUGGGCUCACUGGGCGAAAGUGAUGCACUGAAGCUGCAGUUUGCAGAAUCAGGAGUACCGGAGGCUUUAUCACUGAUGAUCCGAGAUCUACAAGGACACUCCGACCCCCAUGACCUCUGCAGCAUCAAGAUCGCUUCCAACCUGAUAGUGUCCCUGCUUUUAGGAGAUGAAUCUAUGCAGAAGUGUUUUGGCGAGGGCUCAGGCGUGGUCUACCAGGAUAUUCUGUCAUGGCUGCAGAGCUCCAACACUCAGCUCCAGCUGUCAGGAGCGCUGGCCAUCGCCAACUUUGCCAGAAAUGACAGUAACUGUGUGAAGAUGCUGGAUCUGGGUGUGGUUCCACACAUCCUGACCUUGAUGGAGCAGCAUGUCGAUGAAGGGGACGUCUCUGUUCAACAUGCUGGACUGAGCGCGCUCAGAAACCUGGCCAUCCCUGCCACCAACAAAGUGAGGAUGCUGGAGGACGGAGUCACUGAGAGGAUCAAGUCUCUGCUGCGCACCGACAUGCCGCCGGUUCAGUUCAAGCUGCUGGGUACACUACGCAUGAUGGUGGACGGGCAAGAGGGAGCCGCCUUAAAGCUGGGCAGAGAUGCGGUGCUGCUGGCGCGGAUCAUGGAGUGGUGUGAAGCCAAAGACCACGCAGGCGUCCGAGGAGAGGCCAGCCGACUGCUGGCGGCCCUGAUCAGACACAGCCGCAGUCCUGAAGUUGUCCGUGCUGUGGUUAGAGCAGAUGGGAUUCGGCACCUUAUCUCUAUGGCAACAAGUGAGCACGUUAUCAUGCAGAAUGAAGCCCUGGUUGCCCUUGCAAUAGCAUCAGCUAUUGACAUUGAGUCUAUGAGGGAUCCGUUUAGCGAGGCAGAGCUGCUACCCAUGCUGAAAAAUAUGCUGGACGAUCCAGUGGGGGCAGUCGAGGUCAAGUUUAGUGCUCUGGGUCUGAUCUGCACCUUGGCUAACUCCGGUGAGAUGACGGAGGAACUCAACUCUGUGAAUAUUAAGGAGAGUCUGAACAAACUGACAGACAACAGCAGCAGCAAACUGGCGACGCAGGCCAGCUCCAUUCUGGCCCUUCUCAGCAACAGCAGCUAAACCAGCAGCAACACGGGCUUUCAUCGGCUCUAUGAAUGUGUGUAGAUAAUAUGUCAUCCAGACAGCACAGAUGCUACUAAAUAUUAAACUGGACUCUAAAGUGUCACUUAUUUUGUAAUAAGUAAUAUAUUCUAGUGCUAGCAUGAUGUAUGUUGUUACAGUGGGAGACAAGGACCAACUGUUAUGCACAUUUUGCUUCCUGUUUUUCUAGGAAUCUUCUGUGAGGUUCUUGUAAUAUUUUCCCGACACACAUGUUGAGUUUUCUGACGCGGUGGAGCCGUGUCUGAGACGGAAGGAAGUGAACUGCUGAAAGGAUGCGCUCCUUUAGAGAACAGAUGAUCAUUUCUAUUCCUCUGUUUAUUAGUAAAGUUCUGAAAUCAAGCAUAUGAUAUAUGGUAGUGAAAUAUACGGAAUGCUAUUCCACUAUAUCAAUAUUACAUAAAGAUGUAAAUUGUAAAAUAAGUAAAAGAAAGAAAUAUGUGAGAGUGUGAAAUAAAAUAAUUACAAAUGUGUACAUACUGUAUUACAAGGUGUAGAAAAUAUUUACUUUAAAAGAAAUCAGUUUCUGAAAGAGCAUGUGUGCUAUUGUACAACCUUUCCUUUUCACUUCUGUUCAGGGUUGUUCAGAUUUAUGGAAAAAUAUCGGCAUAAGGCAAAGGAAUAGAGGCAGGCGAAAGCUGAACAAGUGUGCAAAACACAAUGUCCACCCAAGACAGAAGUAGUGAUUACUAUCUGUUCAGCUGGUCCUGCACUUGUCCAGAACUUUACAAUUCUGACUUCAUUCAUAUUGAUGUUGUAAUCUCAGCUCCCAUUCUUAACAGCGUUAUUACUCACAUGUGUGCAGGCGUGUCACAUGACAUUAGCAAGUGUUGAGGAGGUUGUAUACGAUCUCUACAGUCAGUCACUCAUAAUAGCUCAACUGUGCUAAACUAAUGCAGCUGUCGAAACGUUCAUUUCCGUUCAUAGAGGGUCUUUGUAGUAAGUCAGUGCCACACAUUUGACAUAUUCUCAUUAUAAAGAUCUUUUAUAGAUAGAGAAAAUAAUUUGUCCGUUUACAGCCAUAGAGACCGACAGGCUUUAAGGUGCUGCAACAGUCAUAACAUCCUUCAUAAAUGGUAAUAACUUUCUGUUUUAAUAAGGAAGUAAUCACCCAAACGGCUAUAUUUUUAUCUGAAAAGUCGGUUUUAAAGUGACUAGGCCACUUUGAAAACCAUGAUUUAUGUUUUAGAAAUGUCAGGUUUCUUGGUUUCGUCAGAGCGAUAAUGAUAUAUGCACUUUAUAGAGACAAACCUAAUGUGUUGCAGCUGACCUUGACCUCAAUGCAGCUCAGCUCAGUUCAGUUUUUUUUUUUUAAGGGGAAUUUUUUUUUCUUUUUAUUUGUUAACUAAGCAACGGAUUAUAUUUUGUGGUUUACUUGUGUUAUGAUGCAUUAUAGAAGUGAUUGUUUCAUUGAAAUGAAUGUGCAUUUAAGAGCCUUUGUGCAGGAUGGAUUGAAAGCGCGUUCCAAAAAUCAAGAGCACAAACAAGAAUCUAUGAAAUGUUGGUUUGAACUCAGUAGCCAAACAUCUGUUGUGUGACCAACCCGUAACCACUGGACCACUUCAAUAAAACAGUUAGUCCCA